UAAAAAUAAAACUUGAUUUUGAAUUAGAAAGCACCUUAUUUCUCUUGGCUAGGAGAGUUGGGGUGCCUCCUCUGAGGCUAAGAUGGACGCACAUUCUAGCCUUUUGAGUCCAAAUAUCAAUCGAAACCUACCUUAUAGGAAAGCAGUGUUGGAUUUGCCCCCAAAGUACAGAUUGGCAUUAGAAAGCAGAAGAUGAACCUAAUCUUACCUAUGUUUCAGUAGAACUCAUUUAACAGUGAAAAAUUCAUUAAGAAUUAUUCAGUUACUAAGAUCAACAUGUAGCUGGAUGUCAGAAAGUAAAAGGUCCCUGGUAGUGAAUUUCCACAAAGUGGGAAAAGGUAGUAGAGAAUUUCCAGUCCCCCCCCCCCCUUGUUUAAAUUCCUGGGUUCUAUCGACUAAUUACAUUGAGGUAUGGCAUAUUUUCUGUCGAAAUGGAGAAAAAUUGUUGACUAUAAUUAUAUUAUUUAAUUGAAAUUAUAAGUGGUUUAGGCCAUUCAGUUAAAAGCAUCCUUUCUAGUACAUGGGUGAUGCUUUUAAAUGACUGGCCAAAGAUUGGUGGGUGAUAUUUAACAGGCAAGCAUUUGGGAUAUAUUUUUAGAAAACUCCCUAUUAUUUUCUUUAAAUGAUUAGUGAACUAGAGAGUGUCAUGACAGCGUGUAUGUGUAUUGCCUUUAUCUAUGCAUACAUGUAUGCGUGUGGACAUACAUGCGUACGUUUGCACAUGAGUGUGCAUGCAUGCAUUUUAUAUGUGAACCUUUGUAAGUCUAGGUGAAAUAUAGCUUUCCUUAGGCACAGACUUACAGAGACCCGUUUAUAAUGCCACAACGUGGAGAAACAAGCAGUUGUAUCUCUUACCUUAAAUUGUGCUUGUUUAAAAGCUCACACCGAACAUUAGAUCUGAAAAUGCAGCCCACAGCAGAACUGUGCUGAUAUAUGGACCGUGCCAAGUUCUUUUUGGAGUAGCUUGAAAUACAAUAGUACUAUAUCUCCCUCCUUGCCAACCUCCCCCUCCCCUGCGGCAGCAAAUUCUUAAUUACUAAUGAAUGCAAUUCAUUUUAAUUGUUAUUAUAGCAACAUAGCAUUUAAGGGUCUCCGCUUGUCACGGUGUCCCUUAGAACUGGCAGUGUCUUCUUGUCAGAGAGAGGAGGACAGGUAGAAGGCACAGCGGGCGUCUGAUUGAGCCAGUUAUUCAUUUGCUGAGUGUUUGUGUUUAUGCAAAGGGGCCUCUUCCUGCAUAUUUAAUCUAGAGUAAGGCAGUGGCUUUUGUUAUGUUUAACCCACAUACCUUCAGUCCUUCCUCACCCGGCAGCCAGCUUGGGAGCCCAGAGAGCCUGCGGGUUCCAAGUGCCUGCCUGUACUUUCCUCCUUCCAAACUCAACUUUUCUUCCAUUGUGUGAACAUUGCCUCUCCUGCCCCAAAGCUUUGCCUCCCCACCAUGACGGGGGUGAGAGGUGACCUUUUGAGGUGACUAUAACUGAAGAUUGCUUGACAGAAGCCAAAAAGAAAAGGUUUUUGAGUCAUGAUGCAAGAAUCUGGGACUGAAACUAAAAGUAAUGGGUCAGCCAUCCAGAAUGGAUCCAGCAGCAGCAACCACUUGCUAGAGUGCAGUGCCCUGCGCGAGGGCCGUGCCAACGGGGAGGCGCCAGCUGUGGAUCUGGGGGCGGCAGACCUCGCCCACGUGCAGCAGCAGCAGCAGCAGGUACAGCUCUGGGAGGCAUGGGUGGUGGGCGUGCAUUUCCCCACAUGGUUUUUGGCAUUGCGCCAUUGUCCAUGUUUUGUGCAUACCUGUCUGAGGUAAGUAAUGUCUUCCUAUCCACCUGUUCUACAGAGCUCUUGGGUGGCUCUGGCUUCAGAGUCUCAAGUUUCAGACCAUAGGGACCUAGAAGACUUGGAAGUUCCCUUCAGGGAGUGAUUGUGGAGACUGGAGGUCAGGGAGAACUUGCUUCUCUCCUUGUGGUCCCCAGUGUGUUACUUAACUUGGAACAAAAUUCUUCUUGGGAGAAAUUGUCCCUAAUGCUUUAGUUUCAAUACCCAGGGAGUUCACAGAGUACUAGUAUACAACACACACACACACACACACACACACACACACACACACACAUGCCUGAUGAAGAAAAGGAAACUC